UUCUUCCACACUAUUUUCCAUUUCCAGCUCUUCUCAUCACGCACCUGACCAUGAACUUCGGCCUGAUGCUCCUGAUGCUGCUGCUGCUGGGUUUCAGUCCAGCCCAGAGUCGCUAUGUGAAGAGCUCUGAAGAGACUGAUAACCGCAUUGACACAGAUGACUUCUCUGUAUUUUCCAUAAUUGAAAGAGCCAACAAGCAUGCUGGACAGGCACUGGGAGCACCAGAUGUGAUGUUUGGUGACAUUGCAGUUAACACUGGUUUGCAGAAUGCAGACCCGUGUACGGAGCGCGGAUGCAAAUGGUUCAAACAGAGGGAUGGAACUGUCAGUGUGCCGUAUGUCAUUUCCAACCAAUUCUCAUCCCGAGAAAGACGUGUGAUUGAGGAUGCAAUGAAGUCCUUCCAAAGCUCCACCUGCGUCCGAUUUGUUCCUCGCCAAAGAGAGCAAGACUACAUUUUAAUACGGUCUCUUGAUGGGUGCUUCUCUUUUGUGGGGAGAAGAGGUGGAGGACAGAUUGUGUCUCUUAAUCGCAAUGGAUGUGUCUUCUUUGGUGUGGUUCAGCAUGAGCUCCUCCAUGCUCUGGGCUUCAACCAUGAGCAGACCCGCAGUGACCGAGACCAACAUGUCCGGAUCCUCUUCCAAAACGUCAUUCGAGGACAGGAACACAAUUUUCAGAAAAUCAGAACCCUAAACUUGGACACGCCAUAUGACUACAACUCAAUCAUGCAUUAUGGAAGGUUUGCUUUCUCCAGGAACAGGGAACCAACCAUCAUCCCUAUUCCAAACAGUAACGCAGUCAUUGGACGCGCUACUGAGAUGAGUCGUGUCGACAUCCAGCGCAUCAACAGACUCUACUGUUAAAAACUGGCAGUGUUACUUCUCUUCAGUAUGUAACCAGAAGAUUUUUUUUAUCUGCACGUUUUUUCUUUUUCCUUCACUCAGCAUGUAUGACUGUAGUACAACAGGACCAGCUUUCCAGUUCACAGUCCAAGAGUUCAAAAAACUGUUUUAUGUUUCUUUAUAUAUUCUCAAUAUUAAAAUGUUCUUCUUGCUGCA